CCGCCUUAUCUUGGAAAAUUUAAUUUUUUCCAAUGGAGUAUUUUUACAAUUGGAAGUUUUUGUUUACAAAUUUGUUGACAUGGCAAGCGAUAAAACCCUAAAGAGAAAAGCUAUAACGAACAAGAGGGUUCAAAAGAAGCCAAGAAAAAGAAAGGAAAGUUACAGCACUUAUAUUUAUAAAAUUUUGAAACAAGUGCAUCCUGAUGUUGGCAUGUCAAACGAAUCGAUGAAAAUCAUGAAUUCGUUUGUAUUGGAUGUAUUUGAUCGCAUAGCUGGCGAAGCACAUAAGUUAGCGGCUGACAACAAUAGUCAAACUGUAUCUGCUAAAGAAAUACAAACAGCUGUCACAUUAUUGCUACCUGGAGAACUCGCAAGGCAUGCUGUGAGUGAAGGUUCAAAGGCAGUUAGCAAAUACAAAAUGUCAAAGUAAAUUAUUUAAAUGUUUAACAAAAAGGCUUUAUUAAAAGCCACAAAUUUUUAAAAAACUUGAAGAAGGCUUUUUUAGUCAUAGUUUUGCAUUAGCAUACGAUCAAAUUUAGCGCAAGGGUUGGAAGUGCUUUUAUGUCAGCCCUGUUUUCAUUGCUUGUUAGCUGAAUUUUUAUUUUUGGGACAAACCUCGUUCCCAAGGUAUUUUCUUUUUGACUAACUUAACAGCGGCGAAUUGUUGGCCAAGUGGUCCUGGAAACGAAGAUAUCUCUGGGAACGAGCUGGAAGGUACAACUUCUCGAAUUUAUUUUCUUUGAGGAUGGCGCUGCAUUUGUUAACGAUUCUACUGGAUAAUAAAAUAGAUUCAAGAUAUCUCUGCCACUUUUUAAUCUGAUAGAUCUUAGAAGUAUCACUGCUUAUUUUAAGGGUAAACUUUUUAGCUCUUUUUGCGAUUUUUUUGUUGAUUUUUCUACUAGUAUUUUUUCUUGUUUUUAUCAUUAUUUGAGUUAGCAGUCUUGUGAUUAAUAUCUUGCACAUGUGAUAUAUUUCAUUAUUUCCCAAAGUUGGCUUAAGAUGGAUUUAUUUAACAAGGCGCUUUAUUAAUUAAAAAAAUCUUUGCAACUGCCUAAAAAAAUUAAUUCCAUAGAACGAACGGUCAUG